AUGUGGAACCCAAUUGCGUCCUACAAUGCUGGACUCAGCGCUUGCGUGAAAGAGGGGCGGUGGCAGCUCGCGUUCAUAUUUUUCAGGGAGAUGGUAGAGGCAAGGAUACAGCUUGACGGUAUCAGUUAUAAUACUGGAAUUAGUGCGUGCGCGAAUGGUGGAGAGUGGCAGUUGGCUUUGUCUUUGCUCGGGGAGAUGCGUACAACAAUGGUGAAGGCGUGCGUCAUCAGCUGCAGUGCUGCAAUGAAUGCAUGUGAGAAGGGCGGGGAGUGGCAAAAGGCAUUGUCGUUGUUUAGCGAGUUCUCGGAAGCGACAUUAGAGCACGACGUUCUCAGCUGCAGUGUUGGAAUCAGCGCGUGUGGGAAGAGUGGGCAAUGGCAGCAUGCGCUGUGUUUGCUUUGCGAUUUGAGGGAGGCUAAGUUGGAGCCGAAUGUGAUUUUCAGCUACAACUCUGGAAUCAGCGCGUGCGAGAGAAGCGGGCAGUGGGAGCAGGCGCUGCGCUUGUUGUGCGAGAUGGGAGAGCUGAGUAUCGAGCCAAGCGCCAUCACCUACAGUGCUGCAAUCAGUGCUCUUGGAAGUGGCGCGCAGUGGCAGAAGGGGCUGCUGCUGCUCGACGAGCUGCUAGAGUCUGCUGGUUAG